UUAAACAAGAAACUGAUUGAGAAAGUCAACAUUGGGGGUACUGAGGCUGUCUUGAAAGCCUGCUUGUCCCAGGACGUGACUCGCCUGGUGUACACCAGCACCUACAACGUGGUGUUUGGCGGGCAGGAGAUCCUGGAUGGAGACGAGAGACUGCCCUAUCUCACGGACGACAAGUUCACGGACCACUACUCUAAGACCAAGAUGCUGGCUGAGAAGAAAGUCCUUGCUUCCAACGGCGCCAAGACGUCAGGGGGCGCCACUCUUCGCUGCUGUGUCCUGCGCCUGGCCGGGGUCUAUGGACCCGGAGAGCUGCGCCAUCUGCCACGGAUUGUCUCGUACCUGGAGCAGGGUCUGGUCAAGGUGACGUACGGACCCCGCGAGUCGCUGGUGGACUUUCUGCACGUGGACAACCUGGUACAGGCCCACGCCCUGGCCGCUGAGGGGCUGACUGAGGGGAGGAGCUAUGUGGCGGCUGGAAGAGCGUACUUCAUCUCAGACGACAAACCUGUGAAUAAUUUUGAAUUUUUUCGUCCUCUGUUUGAAGGACUGGGCUAUGGGUAUCCGGCUGUGAACCUGCCUAUACUCCCAGUGUUCUACUUUGCCUGGCUCACAGAAAUAGUGCACUACAUUGUGAGUACAGUCUACAACUUCCAGCCCAUUCUGACAAGGACAGAGGUGUACAAGACCGGAGUGACCCACUACUUCAGCGUCCAGCGAGCCCGUACUGACCUUGGCUACUCCCCGACAGUCCAGAAUGACCUCUCCCAGGUCGUGACCUACUACAAGAAAUUAGGCCGUGUCAAAGGUCACCAGAGUAUGCCAUUGCUUUUCUACUUCGUCAAUGCCAUUAUCAUUUUCAUUAUCUAUUCCAUCUUCAUGCAUGUACUACCAAGAGUGACCACAGACUAGGCUAAAGUUUACUACAGCAAAUUUCAAUGCUUUAUACAGCUCGCCAGCAUGGCAAGCCAAAGAAGAACAUUGUUGUUGUUGUUGUUGUUGUGCGUAUCGUCAGAAAGCUGUUCAUAAGAUCAACUGUUCUAAGCUCAGAGGGCAAUAAUAUUAUUUUGGAGAAAGGAAAAAACCUGUUUCUUUCUUUAAAAUAUUGUAUCCAAAUUAUGUAUAUUUUGGGGGGCUUUUUUUUAAAUUUAGAAUCUGAAUUUUGACAAAAUAUUUCUGGAGUAGCCUACAUACAGCUGAUACCCCCAAUUAAAACACUACAAUGACAAAAAAAUUUCAUUGUUUUAAGCUUAUAGUAGGCCUACAUCUGAACAGCUAGCUGACAAUAUUAUGAUUAAUGUGAAAAGACCUUUUCAUUACCUUGACAAAGGGCACAAUGAAUUUUCUUCUUUUUUUUCAUUCAUGGACGUGAAUUCAUUUUUAACUGUUUUACAAUGCAGCAAAAAAAAAUGUACUUGAUGUUUGAAACAUUGUUUUAAUUCUUUGCUCAUUAUUUUCCAAGCACAUCUCUUUGUGCAAAUAAUGUCUGAUUCAUUUUGUUUUCUGCUUGAAAAAUGACAUAAAUCAGAUUUUUUCAUAUAGGCCUAUGAUCUCUAUUUUGUGACAUGAAAUAAGUAGGCUUACACAAUACCAAAAGAGCCACUUAAAAUUAUUAUUUCUCUGGUUGUUUUUCCUCAAAGAGACUUAUUGAUACAAGUUAUAAUCACUUUUAUUUAAUACAUGAUGUAAUUCAUCUGUCCAUUUUCCAUUUUGCAAGGACUUUUCCCGCCAUCUUCCUACAGAAUAUUUUACUUCCAAAUAGUCAUAGUGCCAUUCUCUAAAAUGCUUGUUUCACAAUCUUUGUCACCAUAAUAAUCAGAGAGAGACUUAGCUCAUUGUACUUCUUCUUCAUAUUUUUGUAAAAUCUCAGGACAGUGAGAAAUACACAUUGAAGUUCAAAAGCAUUGAGAGAUAUUGCUUCUUUUGAUUAGGCCUACUUACACAGAUCCUAUGACAAUUCAAAGUAAUAGAAAAUACUUUUCAGAACAAGGAAAAAUGUGGAGCCAAUCAAAUAUGCAGAAACUGUUAAUAUUAAACUUUUUAAGAGUAGGCCUAAUACUGAUUUUGAUUUGGACAAUGGUAGUGAUAAGAAAUGUUUAUUCCAACGUGCUGCUUGGACACUUUUAGAAGAAAUUUAUUUUUCAAGGUAUACGUUAAUUAUGACAGUAAUUGUUAAAUUUAAUUUAAAAAACGAGCACUUGCUUCUAAAAUGAUACAAAUGAAUCUUUCUGGAGGUAAAAUUGUACCAAUCCCAGAUUUUUAUGAAAUUACAAACACAAAUUCAGUCCCAUAUCAUCUUUUUGCAAAAAAUUCUUUCUCUCCUCUGCACUGAGCCCAAACCCUGUGAUCAAAGAGACAAACUUCAUUAAAAUUUUAUUUGUAUACUUUUAAUGGCACAACACAUCAAGAGACAGAUUUUGCUCAAUUUCCAAAAAUACAUUUUAAUUUUGUGUUAUUGGUUAUUUGUUCUGUAUGUGUGUCUGCCUAUUUGAAGAAUGAUUGAAUAAACGUUUGUUUUUUUAACCACUUCUCUACCAU